UGAGAAUGGUAGUGGAACGACGUACUGGAGACCUUAUGGUGCCCUUGGGGCCCCAGCUGCAGGCAUAUCCUGAAGAACUCAUUCGGCAGAGGCCUGGACAUGAUGGGCAUCCUGAAUACCUGAUUCGAUGGAGUGUCUUGAAGUGUGGGGAAGUGGGCAGAGCAAGUGUGGAGGAAGGCAGGGCAGAGCACCUCCUUAUGUGGCUGUCAGCCCCAGAGGUCUAUGCCAACUGCCCUAUGCUGUUGGGUGAACGGACACUAUCCAAGGGACCUCAGUAUGAACCAGCUGGGGCUUCAGGAAGCUUUCCCAGAGACCCAGGAAGCCUGGAUGAAGUGGCAAUGGAAGAGAUGGAGACUGAUGUGCGGGCACUGGUACGCAGGGCUGCCAGGCAGCUGGCAGAAGGUGGGACCUCCAGCCUUACAGCUGCUGUGCUCCAUACCAUUCAUGUACUCAGUGCCUAUGCCAGCAUUGGGCCCCUCACGGGGGUUUUCAGGGAGACGGGAGCCCUGGACCUUCUCAUGCACAUGCUGUGUAAUCCUGAGCCUCAGAUCCGUCGGAGUGCAGGCAAGAUGUUGCAGGCUCUGGCAGCCCAUGAUGCUGGGAGUCGGGCUCACGUCCUUCUGUCACUGAGCCAGCAAGAUGGCAUCGAGCAACACAUGGAUUUUGACAGCCGCUACACUCUGCUGGAGUUAUUUGCAGAGACCACAUCUUCUGAAGAACACUGCAUGGCCUUUGAGGGCAUGCAUCUGCCUCAG